AUGGAGCAAGAAGCACAAUCUUUCGAGCACGCUCUCGAGUACUUCGCCGCAGCGUUAGCGCUGGACGCCACAGACGUCGUGGUUUGGUAUCAAAUGGCUACAGCUGCCUUGGAGACAGGUAAGCUGUGGCUCGCGCGGAGGACUUUGGAGGAGGGACUGAAGGUGGAUGCCACAUACUGGCCUCUAGUCGAGACAUUGGCUCAAGUUUUGAGCCAAAUUGGAGACGAGGAAGAGUACCAGAGAGUGGCGCAGUAUCUGCGUAAGAACGACCCUCACUGUGCUACGUUGAAGGCGCUAGACGGUCCGAAGAAGAGAGCGAGGCCUCCCACGACAAGAGAUUUAAAGCUACUUAAGAAAGCGAAGAUAAAAUUGCAACAUUUAAAGGAAAUUGCAGACGAUGGCGUGACGAAGAGGAGACUACUACUACAAGCGAUGAAUGACGAGUUGAGGAGUAGGAUGCAGCUUAGGAGCUACGAGCUGCAACAACCGUCAUGGACUGCGUUAGGGAAACUACUAUUGGAAGUGUUCGAGGAGAUUAACAGUAGUGAGCACGCAGAUGUCAUGCGGACGGCGGUGGAGAUAAAGGUGGCGUUCGAUGCGCAGGAAGUGGAGAGGGCUGUGGAGAUGGAGAGGGAAGAGAAGGACGAGACAGUAGAGAAGGACGAUACAGACAAACACCCGACGCAACGUAAUUCUCCUCCCGUAAAGCGUGCGAAACAUAAAGAGACAGCGAGAGUCUCUGCAGCGUUGGAGAGCGCUCUGUCGACAGGGAUCUCUGAUAACGACACACAAGAUAGCAGUACUUACUUAAGUGAACUAUUGGCGCUACAGCCCAGAAGAAAGUCACGUCGUAAUGAGGAACGAUUGCGGGAAGAACAUGCUGCGGCAGUGAAGAAAGCUCGCGAACAGGAUCUGGCUUAUCAGCUCGGAGGCUUCCUCCCUGACUCUAUGGACAAGGAAGACAGGGACUCUACCCCGGAGGCAGUCGCGAUCGACUGGCUGGCACCUCUGAACGUUGAGCUCGUUGAUACCGAGUUCAUUAUCUCGGACGCCAGCAAGGAAACCCUGUUAAAGACGGCGUCGUUCGUGCUAUCGUCUACAGCAGGAUAUGCGAGUAGUACGGACCUGCAGUCUUCACAGACGUCGCCACGAGAGCUGGCGACACCGACAGUAACGGCACGUGUCGAGUGUGUGACUGGGAGAAGGAUUUCGUCUUUUAUCAGCGACUACGACGCCCAGACAGUGUCACCUCGUGGCGUUUUGCACUGGAUACGGCACUAUCUCAACCACUGCGGUACGUGGUCCCACUUGAAGCUUGAUAGUGACGAAGAGCUGAACCAAGUGUGUACGUGGCUGGAAAAGGCUCUGAACGGAGAGCUAGAUGUCGCUAAAGCGACAACCUCGACGCCGUCCUCUGUAAUUACCGUUGCCGAUCACUCUCUUAGCCAAAACAGUCGCUUCCUAGGGAAUGGAAUAACGCUCGGUGCUCAGCUUUUUCUAUUGGAAUUGCACUUCGAUUCGAUUCUGCAGCAGCCAGUUCAUAGGAAAAGGCGACGCCGGAUGAGAAAACUAGUGGAGACUCAACUAGCUCAAGCCCAGAAGCUGCUGUUCGAGUUUGGCUGGCUGGAGGACUCGGAGGAGACUUCACGCUGUCCAACAGGAGCACGUAUGUACGACCGCUGCGGGAACCCUAAAAUGGCGCAGCAUUACUUCAUCAAAUGCAGAGAGAAGCUCCUUGAAGUCAACGAAGGAGACGACGACAGUGCUGCCUCGUUUCGAGUUGAUUUACCCAAUCAAAAAGCCGAAAACGAGAUCAGUUUGGCCAUUUUGGACGAGAAGAUCUCCGGUCUGCGUUUCUCGGACGUGUGCUCCGAGGCUCGACGUUCGUUCGAAACUGGAGAUCACGAUGGCGUCGUCUCGGUCCUGAUAGGACACUUUUUCCCUUCGAAUCAAGUCCCUCGGAUGAGUGACUUUCUGAACGAAUUCGAGACUGACAGUGACGAACUCCCGCGGGGCGAGAACAGCACAAAGCUGUUCGAAUUGUUGCUAGAGUCGAUUGGCCAAAGCUCCAAGUUCUCGGAUGAAGACACGGUGCUCUUUCUACUGACUUCGCUUUACUAUGUGGUCGAGUUUUUGGACGGAUUGGAAGUCAAGAAAGAGCCCUGUACGACCGAUGACUCGAUAGACGAAGCGUGUGCGAAUGCGCUCGCUGCAAUGGACUUUUUACUGUCGCAUCUAACCCAGAACAACUGCGAACGGAUAGCUACCCGUGACCAUGAGUUGUUGCUGCGUGGACUGUGUGUGAGGUGUCUGAAGCCAUCGAUUUUGCUACGAUUCGACUCGCCAAACGACAUCUUGACGAGGAUACGAAGUGUGUUGGACAUGGAGAAGUCGGCGGAUGACGAGAGAACGCAGCGGAAGGUCGGAGUGGAUGCUAUGGCGCGAUUACUGUACGUCAUCCGGUCGCUAUCGUGUGAGGAAUUCCGGGAUCUGUUCACACUGGUGCCUCAUCCUGUCAAGAGGAAGCAGCCACGUCGUGAUCGCAUCCGGUCGGUUCUUGUGGAGCUGCUGCGCUUCCUGAACAGAGCCUUCCAGGCCGACGACAAGCUCGCGAUGUCGUUUCCACUGCUGAAACGAUCUGCUAUAAUGACCUUGUGCUGCACGUUGAUGAAAGAGGAGGAGGAGACGAUGACACGGAGCGAUGCUAAGACCCCAAAACAGCUUUUCGGCAACGGAGCCAUCUUGUUCGUGCUCCUGUUUGAGAGUUUCUAUCGCCCCGACACGCCUGCGUUGCCUACUCAACUCAUCAAGUUGGUUCAUCUUCUUCACGAAAGACUCGGACAGCGCGGCAUCUGCGGCUUGACGUUCUUUGCUGAGACCUCAGGAGAUUCUUGUAAGAGCGCGUGCUUCCUCGAAACGUGCACAGUGCUGUUGAGCAAGUUUGUCCAGCAGAAAGCAAGUGUUCGUGACACAGCAAAGUCUCCGAUUAAAUCCGACGAUGACAGCGCUGAAGAGGACGAGGAAGAAGCUGCUGAUUGGUUCCAGAACGAGCUUUGUCAGUGCUAUCGUUGCUUGUACGACGUGCAAAUCGUACCCGGGUGUGAAGACCACAAAGCAGGGACCACUUUCACGUCUCUCCAGAGCGCACAACAGUCUGUUCGACACGAGGACGCGCUGCGUUUGGCUCGCUUUGCUGUGCCAAUUCUAUUAGCCACGAAGCCGAAGAAUAAUGGACAGAAGAAAGAGCGACUCAAGCUCCUGUACGCUGUUCGCGACGCCCUCUCCGACUCGAGCUUCGCAGCUCUAUCGGAACACCCUGCUACGGUCUCUCCGCUGUUAGAGACAUAUCUAACCCCACGUGGUCUGCUUCAAGGGAAUGUUUCUCCACCGCUCCCUCUUGAUUUCAGCAGCAUCACAACAACGUCACCAGAUGAAACCUGCUUGGGCCACUUGUGGUACCUCAUGGGGGCGAAUUUCAUCCUCGGACGCGUCAAACGACGAGGAAAUCUAAGCGAGUUGACGGAGAUGGAGCAACAUGUUCGAGAGCGGGUGGAGUUCUUGAUGAAGGACGUUUUGUACUAUCAUCCGGAUCGCAUUGACUCGUGGAUUCGUUUGGGGAAGACCAUGAAGGAACUGUAUCAUGCUGCCACGGAUGCGUUCGCGGCGGUGCUCGGACGGAAGCUCCGGAUCCAGGCCUUCCAGUGGUACACAACCAAGUUCCUCGCCCGUGACUCGUUGGAAAACACUCGAGGACAGACUGAUCUCGACACUUUUUCGUUCCGGAAUGUGGUUUUGGGCUGGGAUUUGUUCAAAAGGAUCAAAGAGUGGCAAGGUAAAGACGCGGACGGACACAAAACUGGCAGCAAAGUCGCGAAGGACUCAACGGAAGAGUCGAAAGAGAGUUCCUUCCAGGACCUAAAUCCUCAAAUCAAGGUCUCUAUUGAAGAGUUUGCCACGACAUAUAUCAUGCAAGUGAUUGAGUUCGCUCGACGCUGUUUCGAGAUGGCUGCACGACUGGCUGAAGAGGCUGUUGAGCACCACAAGACGAAGCUGAAAGAGAAGCGAGACAAGGCUGCAAUGGAAGAAGAGACCGACUUGGACGAAGAGCUGGAAGAUCUGCAGAACAAGAUGAUCGAGUGUAACGAAGAGAGCGGUCUACUGCUGUAUAAUGUGUUGCAGGAGCUCUCGUUGAUGAAGGAGAUGAACGUCGCACUGUUCCCUCGCGACGUGUACUCUCGCUUGGUCACCAAGACGCUCGCGUAUUUCCAAAGAGGAUUGGAAGUCCGCGAGGCCAACGAAGACGCCCAUGAAGAUCUCUUCCGUCUACUGUACAUGAUCGGCAAAACGUUGAAGAAGAGACGAUGGUGCGAGCUACGUCGACACGAUCGGACAGAUCCCGAGGCUUUAACGACUGCAACGGAAAUGGCUGACUGCUUUUCUAAAGCCGAAGCUGCUCGUGAAGAAGGAGACCGAGAACACACUCUCGUCCAUGCGUUUUAUUCCCUUCAAGCGUUGCGGAUAGAUCUCACUAUCAGCGAGUCUCCGUCGACAUCAGCGUUAAGGCUGGUAUGUAGCCAUUUCUACGAAGAAGAAGAAGACGAUGAAGAAGAAAGCGCUGAUUCCACUGGGGAGGACGAGAAGAACAGCCAGACGUCCACCCUCUCUGAUACCGUGGAGGUCAGCAGCUCCAAGACAACAGAAGCCAGCGAGGCCCAAACCUCCAGCUUCACCAGGAAGGAGGAGAUUCUGACGCUGCUGGCGGAUGCUGAACGCGAUGCUACCGUGUGUGAACUACACGUCACUCUGGCGCGAGGCUGGCUUGCUCUAAAUAUCGCCGAGGCUCUCGAGUCCAUUCCAGACGAAGAUCGAUACUUCCAUCCGUCUCGUUAUGUGCUGGCGCGUCUCGUGUACUGGCUGUCAACUUUUUACUCGGCUCUCGAGCAGAGCUCGUACAAGAGCGAUAGUAUUAACGCACUACUCGAAGCUUUACGAGCGCGUCGAAGCGAAGACCAAGUGGUGGGUCCCUCGGACGCCGCAGCUAGAGCGUUGAAGGAGAUGGCCCCCAUCUUCGACAAGAGACGCCCGCAGGUGGUAGCGAUCUGGUUUUCCGAGUAUAUUCCGACCGCCAAGAAGUUCGAAGAGCUGAAUCAACGACAGAUGAAGUACGACUACUACCGACUAAAAUAUUGGCGCUUCUACGUCGCUCUGCUUCGAGAAAACGCGGCGUAUGGGCGACUGAAGGAGGUGGGGGCCUGGGUGCUUGCCUGCAAGGAAGAGCACGACGUGAUUGAUAUCAUGCUCGACGCGCUACUUAAGCAGCUAGCCAAGACGUACACUUACUAUCUGGAAGUGCUGAAUGCGCAGCAACGUCUAAAGCACGUGGUGGACAACUGCGAGUUGUUGUUGGAGAACGCCGAGCUGCCAAUGGUAGCUGUGUUCUUCAUGGGAGUUACCACGUACUCGACCGAGAUGUCGUUAUUGGCGAAGGACGCGAGGAUUCUGGAUGGCGAUUUCAACGCAAACGUUGCAGUUAUCCUGAAUGCUCUACGUCGAGACGAACUGCCUCCUCGUAUCUACGACGCACAGGGCGGCGCAGCGUGGGAAACGUACUUAGAUGCUGCUCGGUCGUUCUGCGAAGACAAGUGGCCAGAACGUUCAGGCAAAGGCAAACCUGCCAAGAAACACGCGCGCCCAAAAGCCGCUGCUCCAGUCACUCCCGCUCCUGUCUCAGCAAGUCCGUCAGUAACGGACUCAGUUCCCAGUAACAUUGCGAGAGGUGUUUCUCGUGCAAUACCUCACUUCCUGUUUUGCCAGCUACGACGGUCCACCAUGCCGCUUAUGCUCUCUCAAGUCCAGCGCAACUCACGCAGCUUGUAUCGCCGUAUUCUUCGCGAGAGCCGCCAGCUAGAACCCGACACGCGUGAGUUCUACCGACGAUAUGCACGAUCCGUUCAGGGCUUUCCUAGCCACGCGGACAACACGAAUCCGACAGCCAUUCAGAAUCACAUUCGCCGCGUGGAGCAGGACAUCCACUGCAUUCAAAGUCAAAAGCUGCCGCCAAAGGCCGCGAUGGGUGUGACGGGUCUGUUGCCGGUGCUCAAGAGCGUCACGGACCAGGUGCACAUAUCCAAGUACACAGGCAAGACUUUGGGCGUGGACGCUUCAGACUGGCUGUACAAGGGCGCGUAUAGCUGCCCCGUGGACCUCGUGCUAGGGAGACCGACAGACGCAUACCUGAACUAUGCCAUCCAGCAUAUCAAACUACUGCAAACGCACAACAUCACGCCCAUAUUGGUGUUUGACGGAGCUCCAUUGCCGUCUAAAGCCCAGGAAAACGCUAAUCGUGGCAGAUCUCGUCGAGACUGGCAACUCAAGGCCGAGAAGCUGCUGCAGGAGAAAAAAGAGGAUCAGGACCCUCGCGCAGUCUUCUCAGCGUGCGCCAGAGCUGUGUCGGUGACCAACGACAUGGUCAUGAGACUCGUCGCUGUGUUGCGACGGAUGAACAUCACAUUCUACGUCGCCCCAUACGAGGCGGACGCUCAGCUGGCGUUUCUAUCGAGGCAGAAGAUCGUGGACGUGGUCAUCUCGCAGGACUCGGACUGCGUGCCGUAUGGGGUCAAGACGGUGCUGUUCAAGCUGAGUCCGGAUGGAUGGGGCAGUGAACUCAAGAGACGAAGUCUGGGCGCCAACGAAGAGCUGUCGCUCGCUGGCUGGACCGAAGAAAUGCUGUGUGUACUCGCUGGAUGCGAUUACUGUGCGUCGGUCAGUGGCGUCGGCAUCAUCACAGCUUACAAGCUCGUGAACACGUACAAGACGCCAGCGGAGCAGCAAAAAGGCUCAGCGGUGUCUGAAGAUUAUCCAGAGCAAUUUUACUCGGCGAUCCUCACAUAUCGCCACCAGCUCGUGUUUGAUCCGCGUGAUGCUAAGCUGAAAAUGUUGAGCCCUCUGGACAUUUCCAAAGACAUUCUGCCACAUGUGGAUAAAGGUCUUCACUUCCUCGGCAACGUGGAGCUUCGAGACGACGUUGUCGCGUCCAUCGCAGCAGGUGAAAUCCAUCCAACAACGCAUGAAAGUUACGUGUGGAAAGACGCAGCUGCCGCUGUGUUACUUGAUGCACAGCAGACAAUUUCCAAGACGAAGACGAGCAGAACGCGGUCCUCUACGUCAUCGGAAAGCAGCGGCAUGCUACUGCCCCAUCGACGAGAUGACCGAAGCACGAACACUCCAGCCGACUCGUCUCAAGAAGAUCCGGUCAACACACGCACAGCGAUGCCACGUCUCCUCUACGAGAAGCCACGACCGUCAUCGCAAUCAUCCUGGACGCACCUUGACAGCGUCUUGGGCUCUUCCGACCACAUCGUCAACUUCCGUAGUCCAAAGGUAAGCGAGAACUUCAAGCCGCUCCCUGCUUUGCACGACCGUCCCAGCUCCAGUAUCAACGCGCAAGAUUUAAAGGAUUUCGUGCGACGUCCUGUACGGGACCACAUUAAGCGUAUCCGCAACCCAGUGAACCGAAGACGAGAUGGCAAAGGCAGCGGCUUUAAAGGAGAAGUUCUAUGCAAGGUCGACCAAGGGCGCAGGUCCAGUCUUGGCGACGUCUCACAAGCAAUCGGCGAUACCGACCGCUUGACGGAUGAAGAGAACGCUCCUCCUCAAGCCAAGCGAUCUAAGCUUUCAGGCUGUCCCUCGUCGACCUCGUCGCUGUCUUCAAGGGUAUCGGAAGCCGGCAGUCAGUCGCAACUCAUCCGUCCAACACCGUUCGGCUGCGGACGACCAUCCAGUCCUACAACCAGCACCCAGUUCAACUGGAAGCUGCCACCUCGACACUCUCAGCGUAGCAUACAGCAAGUGGUAGCUAGACAUUCUCAGAGCAUCUUCGCUAUGUCGGCAGAGGAGAAAUGGGACCGUAUUCUAGGCGGCGAACUCGAAGAUACCGACCACCAGCAGUCGUCAUUCCUACGACAUAAGCGCACUACAUACCUCCUCCUGUGCUACAAGGCCAAGCCUUCGGUGGCCGGUCGAGCUUCGUCGUCUUUGCCGCCUCGUGCCGCUUGCAACGCGAAGAGCCGUCGCCUCCGAAUUGCGUCCUCGUCUGCAAUGCUGAAACUUGGAGAAGACGAGAUGCCGACCCCCAUGACUGCUACGGGGACAGAGCGAAUUACCUCCUUCCGCGGCGUGUGGGGCGCCGCCAUCGACGCCUCCACGACGUCCGAAGCGGUCACGCUGGUAGUCCCGUAA